CACACUUCCGUAAACGAGCAUUAAACAGCUCGCCUCUGCAGAAAGAUCGAUGGAUUAAUUCCUCAGAAUUAAAAUCAAACCAGAUUUUUUUGUCGAUAGUUAUUGGUGUAGUUGUCUCAGAUAUGGACCGCAGCAGGUCACGUGAUAGAGCUGGCAGAGAGAAAAAGCAGGAGAAGAAGAAACGAAGAAGGUCCUCUUCUUCUUCUUCAUCAUCAUCAUCAUCUUCGUCUUCUUCAUCGAGCAGCAGCAGGAGUCGAAGCAGAUCAUUGAAGAAAACUUCACAUAAAAAUAAAGACCUGAAAACACAAAGAAAGAAGCGCAGGAGAAGUUCCUCAUCUUCUUCAUCCACCUCCUCCUCCUCUUCGUCGUCCUCAUCCAGCGAUGAAAAGUCAAAGAAGAAGAAAAGUAAAGCCAAGAAGAAGAAGACCAAGAAGAAAAAGGCAAAGCUGAAGAAACAGAGGAAAAAAGAGAAGAAGAAGAAGGAGAAGCUGAAGAAGAAGAAGGAGAAGAAGAAAGCUGAGGUAUCGUCGUCAUCUGGUCCUCUUCUUCCACUAGCAAGUAAACCUCCGUCCUACCUGGAGGUGUGGCAGAGUGAAGAGGGGGCCGUGGAGCUCGGACCAGUAAUGACCGACGAGCAGAAAGCUCGACUCUCCACGAAGAGGCCACUCACCAAAGAGGAGUAUGAAGCCCGUCAGAGUGUGAUCCGCAGGGUGGUCGACCCAGAAACAGGACGUACCAGGUUGGUGAGAGGAGAAGGAGAGAUCAUAGAGGAGAUUGUCAGUCGAGAAAAACACAAAGAAAUCAACAAGCAAGCCACCAAGGGAGAUGGGAGCUCUUUUCAGAAGAAACUGGGAAUCAACAGGUAGAAGACAGAUGAGCAAAAGUGGAUGGGAAAUCAGAAGAGAGCUGCUCCAACAAACACAAUUCUUAUCACAGUUAUAAUCACACUGUAUAGGACUUAUGAAAUAGAAAUCAGUGAGUUUGUCUCCUCUGCCUUAUUGAAGCUUUAUUAACGACGAAGAUAGAAGAUACAAGAGAAGAGUCCAUGUGUGACUUGAACAAGAUUCAACUGAUAUCAGGAGAAUUUAAAACUUUGAUAUGACACGAGUAACAAUUGAAGAUAUUUCCAAUUGUUUCAGUAACAAGAAAACAAACUAAAAGAAGUCCUAGGUACUCAAUACUGGGUAAUUUUGUGUGUCUAUUAACAAAAGCAGCAGGCAAAUUCCUAACCUUGCAAAGCAGAUAGACUGGCCAGAUUCCCUGUCGGUCAUCAGGUGGAUCUAGUGAAGCUCAAACUGGAAACACUCGUUUCUGUUCAGAGAAUGACUGCAGCAAUCAGUGUCAUUUAAGGAGAAAGAGGCGGUAGCUACAGAUAUGAUUUAGUUGAAAUGACUACAAGACUGUAAAUCAGUGGUUUUCAACCUUUUUGUGCCCAAGGCACACCAAAGAUCAAAGUUGUGACUGAAGUUGUAGUCAUGCACAUCAAUUUUAAUUGUUUUCACUGAGAAAAUCCCAACAUAAUAGGCCUACAUACACUUGUUCUAUGUAAAGAACUAUCCAUUAUUACGACGGCAUAUUAGUGCCACUCUAGAAAAAUAGAAGAGGGUAAGUAAAUUUUCAAGAAAUAAAGACUCCUUUUUUAACUGUCAGGUUAAAAAAAGUCAUUAAUUUCUAAGAAAUAAUGAAUUUUUUUUACUUUAAAAGUGGAUAAUGAACAUGGCUCAAAACUGAGAUUUGAAAAGCUAGACACUUUUGAGUUUCUAAUGUCAAAAUUUAAGACUUUUUUAACUUGGAAACUUGAGGUUUUUUUCUUGUAAAUUUCCUACUUUUUAAACUGUGAAAUUCUGAGCAUGUUUCCUUGCAAGUCUAUGACUUAAGAAUCUCAAAAAUAAAGACCCCUCCAGACCCCUGGGGAUACCUGGACUUCAGGUUGGGAACCUCUGAUUGAGGCUGCAGUCCUCAACAUACUGGCUGCAGGUUUGAAUCCCUAUUCUCUGCUAUUUCAUGCGACUUUCCACCCUCUCUACACGUCCUGUCCCCGGUCAGCUGUUGUAUCAAACACAGGCAAAAGGCCUGAAAAAUAAUCUCUGAAGAACAAAAGAUUCUUGUUUUCUUUUUUAAAGCCAUGAUCUUGAAAAAGUGUCAAAUGUUGAUAACCUUUACCUGGAGAAUUUCUUUACUUGUUUGCACACUUAAUUGUUUACACUGAUUCCUGUGUAUUUAUUCUGUCAGUGAUUUAAGAAAAAUUAGUGUAUUUUCGUCACUUUUUGGACCUCUAAAUAAACAGUCAUUUUUGUUCAGUACCACUCAAUCAGUCCAUUGUGUU